AUGAGUUCUCCCAAGGAUUUCGUAGAGGUUAGUACACAGCUUCUGCACCCACCACAGACAUCCGAUGACGACGAUUGUUUCCCUCAGAAUACCAUCAACAACAACAAAGUCGUCAUCUUCUCAAAGAGCUAUUGUCCAUACUGCGCAGAGACCAAACAACUCUUCAAGAGCAAAUUCUCAGGUGUCAAAGUCGAAGUCAUCGAGCUCGACGGGAGGUCUGACAUGGACGCGAUCCAAGACUAUAUCAAGGAGAAGACCGGCAAACGCUCGGUCCCUCAAACCUUCAUCGGUCGUCAACAUGUAGGAGGCAACGACGAUUUGCAAGCUGCAUAUAAGGCAGGGAAGGUCCAGACAUUGCUUGAGGAAGCCACGUAA